AUGCACCGGGAAUGUUGCAGCCGGGCUUUGCCCAUCCUUCUCGGAUGGGUUCUGUGCGAGCCGGUCGGCACGGAAGUCUUCACGCACAAGGAGAACAUGGGCCUGCAAGAUGGACGACACGACCGGUACCCAUGUGCCAGCACGCCGCGGAUUACAAGCUGGGAGGAUGCGCCCGUAUUCAAGAUCAACCACGAACCUUACACCAAUACGAAGAAGGUGUUUCUGCGGAAAGGCGAACUUCCGCCGUUGACCCAGAUCAGCGCAGCCGAUUUCUUGGAAGGGACAUAUUUUGAGGAUCACGACCACGAAGACAUGUUCGAGAUGUUCUACGUGCUGUCAGGAAAUGGCCGCUUUGCUAUCACAGAGCGGAAUGCUGGAUCCGGGCAGUGGAGUCGUAUCGAG